CCGCAAACCUUCAUCACUUCAACCAUAGUAUAUAGGAGCAAAUUAAAUUAGAGUUCAAGGCCGACCGUACCAUGAAGAUGAAGAAGAAGAAGAUGACCAUUCUCCUUUCUGCAGGAAUAAUAAUGAUGUGGGCUUGCUGCAGCUCUGCCGCCGAGGACGCCGCCGCCGAAAACCGGCUGAUGACGGAGAGGUUCGAAGAGUGGAUGGCCGAGUACGGCCGAGUGUACUCAACCCAAAAUGAGAAGUCAAAACGGUUCAGUGCUUUCAGGGACAAUGCCAUUUUCGUCGAUUCCUUCAACAGCGCCGGAGACCAGAAUUAUACUUUGGGUACUAACAAGUUUGCCGACUUGACUUACGACGAGUUCCGGUCCUCUUGGCUGGGUUACGCGGCGGCGGCGCCGGUUUCCGACGACGGCACGACCACGACGACGGCGCCUUUCCUGUACGAGAACGUCACCGCCCCUGCCGCCGUUGACUGGGUCAAGAAGGGAGCUGUCACUCCUGUCAAGAACCAAUCUUCUUGUGGUUGUUGUUGGGCAUUCUCAGCCGUGGCCGCGGUGGAGGGAAUCACCAAGAUAUCCACCGGAAAACUCAUCUCCCUGUCGGAGCAACAGCUGGUGGACUGCAACACCAAAAACCACGGCUGCAACGGCGGAACAAUGGAAGCUGCAUUCAAUUACAUCGCGGGCAACAAAGGCAUCGCCAAAGAGACCAACUACCCAUACACCAAAGUGCAGAGAACCUGCCGCCGGAACAAGGCCGCCGCGGCGGCGGCCAGGAUCGGCGGGUUCCGGCAGGUUCCCCCGAACAACGAGGCUGUACUGGCCAAGGCGGUGUCGCGGCAGCCGGUGUCGGUGUGCAUUGACGCCGGCAAGGCCAUGCAGCUGUACAAAGGCGGCAUCUUUAGCUCCGGCUGCACGGCGAAGAUAAACCACGGCGUGACGGCGGUGGGGUACGUCGCGGACCCAGCCGGGAAAAAGUUCUGGUUGAUUAAAAAUUCGUGGGGACAGGAUUGGGGAGAGAAGGGAUACGUGCGGUUGUUGAGGGAUUCCGGUGCACCGGAAGGACUUUGCGGCGUUGCCACCCAAUCUUCUUUCCCUACUCCUCCAAAAUACUCCCGUCCUAAAAUUAACUUCUCAUUUGACUUUUCACGGUUUCCAAUGUGACACUUUGACCAUCAAUAGCUCAAUUUUAAUAUAAAUAUAUUUUAUAAAAAUUAUAUAUUUCAAAACUAUAUUCCAAAAUGAAUCUAUUCCUAAUAA